UUAAUCAUCUGCCAAUAGGAGUUAGGCACUGCCUCCACCUUGUCACCCUCUCAAGCCUUCAGCUGAUCCCUGGAUCACAUGCUGGACUUUACUGUUGCUUUCCAGCCUGAUCCUUUCGGGCACACUUCACUGCAGCUCAGCCAUGGCCAAGGCAGCUCCACGCACUGUGCUGAUCACCGGCUGCUCUUCAGGCAUCGGACUGUGCAUGGCUGUGCAACUAGCACGGGAUCCAGGAAGGCGAUUUCAUGUGAACAAUGCUGGUGUGGGGCUCAUUGGACCCCUGGAAACCAUCACCAUCGAUGCCAUGAAGCAUAUCUUUGAGACCAACUUCUUUGGUGCCAUCCGCAUGAUCAAGGCUGUGCUCCCUGCAAUGAAACAGCGCCAGAAAGGGCAUAUUGUGGUCAUCAGCAGUGUGAUGGGGUUGCAAGCAUUUCUAUGGUAGAGCCCGGCCCUAUAAAUACCGAAUUCGAGAUGAAGCUGAUGGAGGAAGUGGGCAAGUCUCAGUUUCCAGGAGUUGACGCUACCACUGUGCACUGCUUCAAGGACAUCUACCUGCCAGCCUCACAUGAAAUAUUCACCACCAUGGGCCAGUCCCCUGAGUCUGUGGCUAAGACUGUGGUCAAUAUCAUUGCAAAAGAACGCCCACCAUUCCGGACCCAGACAAACCUUCUGUACACACCAUUGGUGGCCCUAAAAUACGCCGACACCUCCGGUGAACUGUCCGUCAGUGCCUAUUACAACCUACUUUUCCGCUUCACCAGACUUUUCUACAUCAGCACAAGCUUCCUCAAAUGCAUUACAUGUCGGUGUUUUCGGCGCCAGAUCACACCUACCUGAGACCAAGUGGAGAAUGGCCUUGAUGGUGGUGUGCACUCACUCCUCACAUGUCUUGCUAAAUUACUACAUCUGACCAGAUUCAUCUAUGUGUAUAAGAGAUUUUAUUAGGGACAAACCCAUUCUUGUCAUAAGGAUAGUACAGGGCGGGGCAUAACCUUUUCCUAGGGGGUCACAGC